GAAGUAGCCGCACUUGGAUUUUGCGUUUUGAUAGACGAUCAUAACUCAGAAGCUUCUGAUUGGACAACUUUAGAUGAGGCUUUUUGUUUGGUUGAGGCGAACGUUCCCAAUAUUAUAAGUAUUAUUGUGGUGUGCACUGAAAAUGAACCCAAAAUCGAAGCAACGUCAUUGUUUACAACUAGUGGAUUUAAGUAUUUUGUUGUCGCAACUGUGGAAAAACUACACAGUUUUGUUCAACAGGACCAACUGCUUCCUCAGCAUUCUGGUAGUUACAAAUAUAAUCACCAGGAGUGGAUUAGUUUCAGAAUGUUCCUGGAGCCCUUCAUUAAUGGCUGUCAGUUACUGGGUCGCCACCUAGUGACCGUCAUGCAAGAGCUGCGAGGGAACAAACUUCCACCAACUGCUUCAUUAACAAGCCAGAUAAUUGAACAAGAAAAAAGAAUUAUAAAUCAGGCUUUUCAGGACGAACAAUUGCGCCAUCUAGUAGAGGAAGGAGAUACUGUUUUAAAAGAAUUGGAGUCGUACGGCAAUAAAACCAUGAAUAAUCUUGAUUAUAGAGAUUCGUUCAUGAAAGCAAGAAGCCUACACAACGAGUUAAAAAAGACCACGGCAAAAUUAGCCCAACUAGCAGACCAAAGGCUGAAAAAACUGGGAGAAUAUCUGCAGGUUAAAACCUUCGAAGAAGAAGCACAUCAGGUGUUGGAAUGGCUGUGCCAAAGUGGGCAGGAGACGCUCGACAGACAGCAAGUUCUUGCAGAUUCCUUGCCUACUAUUAAAGAGCAAGAAGGGGAGUUCGAGAAGUUUUAUUUCUUAGCGAUGCGGCAACUGGAGAAGGGAAAUGAUCUGCUGGAAGACGCCACCACACUCAAUCCGAAAAUCUCCAACGGCUCAAGUAAUUAUCCAGUUCUAAGCAAUGACAGUGGACAGGGGGAAGUGGAGCGACUUACAGCGUCCUUGAAAGAUCACCUGAACACAUUUACAGAGCACCUGGAAGAUACUCGAGAACGUUUAGAAGAUGCUGCCAAAUGUUACUGUCAUCUAGAUAGAUCUUAUGAAUGGGCUUUGGAAGCUAUGAAAUAUUUGUCAAAGAUGGAAGUCGAAGAACCCACAUCUCCUAAUCUAAUGAAGAUGUUGAAGUCCCUUCAAGACUAUCUUGACAAUCAUCCUCCAAUUACACAAGAAACAUUUCAGGAAAUGGAACAACUGGCAACAAAAUUAGAAGAUACAAAUCUACUUGACCAGUGCAAGGUUGCUCAUACUCGUUGUCAAGAAGCAAUGGAAUUAAUCCAGACCAGACAGGCUAUUCUAUUGAAGGCUAAGCAGCACCAAGAAAUAGAGGUACUUCAACAUCAGCCAGACCUGUGGGAUUCAGAGUCAACCAUUGCUGCUAAUUUCCAACAACACCAUAACUGGAUUCCUCAGUACAUGAGCACACCUGGUGCACCUUCAUCCUCAUCAUCAGGUUUCUACAGGAGGAGAUCUAUAGCUACUUCAUCUCCUCAGAAUCAUGGUUGUCCCGUUGGUUCCUACACCUCAUUUCCAAGCAGCUAUCACCCAAUGUCAGGAUUGAAGGAUGGUUAUCAAAGCCACUUCAUUGAUGACAAAGAAGACCAAAUUGUCAGUCAAGGAUUUAUUACAGAAGACCUUACAACACAGGGACCAGUGGCAUCAAUUUCUUUGAGCAAACUCGAGGCUCGAAGUAACAGUGCUCAGAAGGAAACUCACGCCUAUGGUAUGGUUAAAAGCUCAAGUGGGAGUAGUCUCGUCGGACUGAAAGACAGAAUAAUUGGCAGUAUAGUUGCUGGAGCUGCUUCCAUUCAGAAUUCUUCAAAGGAAGGGCUAUCUCAUCAUCGUCCUCUGAAGAAGCUGAUGAAACGGUGUCAGACAUGGCAACUCUGUGAAGAAGCUCUUCAGAAAGCUACAUCUGAAGUUCGGGAACAGAAUGAGAAAUUAACUUUUGAUCAAGGACCAGCAGAAAGUGUUCAGUCUGAGGAGAGUGACUCAAGUGUAUUAGCAACUGAGAAAUCCAGUGGUUCGAGUUACUCCCCCAAAUGUGCUUUGAUCCAAUCUUUAUCAGAUCCAGGGAGCUCACCUGUUCCAGUUAACAGCCAUUUAACAAAAACUGUUAGUGUCAGCCUGCCAGAACAGAAAGAACUUGAUCAAGAAGUAAAAAGAAAGACGACCUUAUUGCACAUCAUGAGAGAAAUGAUUCAAACAGAGCAGGACUAUGUCAAAUCCUUGGAGUAUAUAAUUGAGAAUUAUAUACCUGAACUGCUACGAGAAGACAUUCCACAAGUCUUACGAGGUCAGCGAAAUGUCAUUUUUGGGAACAUUGAGAAGAUUUACGAGUUCCACAACCAGUAUUUUCUAAGUCAGCUUGAGAACUGUGAGAAUUUUCCAUUUCUUGUUGGCCAGUGUUUCCUUGUUUAUGAAACUCAAUUUUACCUUUAUGCAUUGUACAACAAGAAUAAACCAAAGUCAGAAGCACUGAUGGCUGAAUAUGGAAACACAUUUUUCAAGAAAAAACAGCUGGAACUGGGUGAUAAAAUGGAUCUAGCUAGCUACUUGCUGAAGCCCGUCCAGAGGAUGGGAAAAUAUGCUCUUCUUUUGAAACAAUUGCUUAAGGAAUGCCCAGAAUGUGAACCUGAGCAUGAGGAUCUAAAGGCAGCGGAAGAAAUGGUGAAGUUUCAGUUACGACAUGGGAAUGAUCUGUUGGCAAUGGAUGCUCUCAGAGAGUGUGACGUCAACUUAAAAGAACAAGGUCGACUUCUACGACAAGAUGAGUUCUUGGUAUGGCAGGGAAGGUCUCGAAAAUCUCUAAGACAUGUCUUUCUUUUUGAGGAUCUUGUUCUAUUUAGCAAAGCUCGGCGUGACCCAGAACGUAAAAAUCAGGAGAUAUACCAAUACAAACAUAGUUUCAAGAUGACAGACAUUGGUAUGACAGAACAAGUUGGUGACAGUCCAAACAAAUUUGAGAUCUGGUUCCGAAAGAGAAAGCAAAAUGACACAUAUGUUCUUCAAGCUCCCAAUCCUGAGGUCAAACAAGCAUGGGUUUUAGAGACAUCUAAACUGUUGUGGAAGCAGGCACUUAGAAAUAGAGAAAUGCGCCUAGCAGAGAUGUCAUCCAUGGGGAUUGGCAGCAAGCCAUGUUUAGAUAUAAAACCUAAUGAGGAUCAGAUCAGUGACAGAGCUAUAAAUUUUCAGCAGCUCAGCCAAGCUCUUCGGUUCAAGAAUUCCUUUGCUGUUUCAUCACAUGACCAGUUAAGGAACAAUAAGCGACCACACUCCACAAUUUCAAUUAGCAGUUCAUCUUCUUCUGGAAGUAGUUACACUUCAUUCCCACAUACCGGUUCUAUCAACCUGGGAUUUGAACCAGGAGACACACGAUUUUCACAUGGCUAUCGCUCUAUUACCCAGCAAUCACAGUGUUCUACAGAGAGUGGUAUUUCAAUAGACUUGAGCACAGCCGGUGAUUCAUCAUGGGAGUCUGAGAGACCUCACUACAAAAAGGCUGAGCGUAGUGACAGCUUAUUGUCCAAUGACUCUGUAAUUACCAAUUUUCCCAUCUCAGAGUGUCCUACUGCUGAAGAACAAAUGCUAGAAAAACCACACUGGUGUAAUUAAGUACCUGUGGACCAUAAUCUGAGACUAAUCCACAAGGAUAGUUGCCACUGUGCCAAAUUGUACUGGAAGCAUGAAAGUUUCUAGGUAAUGAGAAAAAGGAUUUAGAAGAAAUCUGGAUCAUUAAACAGUGAUUCAUGGCUGUUCCAAUUUAUCAGUCUAAUCAAUAAGAUGAGAUAUUUCCAGUGCCUUUGGAUCAUCGUGUAUAGAACAAGAAGGUGAAAAAGUGACUUUGUUUAACGUGGAUUGUUGAUUUUCCACGUAUAAGCUUGCCUGUGCCAUGGUUUAUGCUGUAUUUUCUUUCUUAUUGUAGUUCAAAAUGAAUACUUAAAAAUACUUGCUCAUUGCACUAUGAUUUCAAUCAAAUAUUAGGAUAAACUUGAACAAAGCAUAUUAAUUAUUUUAAAAACACAAACAAAUUCAAAAACAUUCCUUUAGUGUCAAGAAAUGUUACUUACCACGUUUUACAUAAAAUUUACAGUUUGAUAGUAUAAUGAGUUAACUGUGCUGCACCAAAAUUGUAUGUCGUUUUCUCCUUUACGUAAAAUUAGUAAUGAGUGAGUAUCUGUUUAAAAUCUAAUUGAGAUUAUCUAUUUUGUUUUUUAUCUUAUAGUUGGAUUAGCAUCUUCACACUGGCAUAAGAAUUAAGUAAUAGAGAGAAAGAAAAGGGAUUACAUUUUUUUGUUAACACGUUUGGUUUUAUAAUAUACAAGAAAUUCAUUUUGUAAUAUAAUUUUAGUUUUACAACUUGCUAGUUUUACAAAAAAAAAACAUGUUAAACAAAGAAUUUUUAUUAUAUAUGAAAUGUUUUAACAUGUACAUAGUAUUUAUAUGCUGCAUGAUAAUGUUGAAACAUUAGUAAUUCAUUUCAACUAACCAACUUUAGUAAUCUUGGGUAAUACUAGUAAAGUACUAAAUAUUUGAUUUAUCAGUUAAAACGUUGUUUGAAGAUAUUUAGUAGUACAGAAGAAACUACAGAUUGACUUCCCGUUAAAACCUCAUGACCCAAUCUUACAACCAUUAAACAUAAAGAAUCAAAUUUCUAAUAAUGGUGGACAUUAUUACAGUUUUUAUACAGUUGACCUUAUUUAUAACUUAACUGUUCUUACUGGUUUUAGUUGAGUUACUAACAAUAGCUACUGUUAAUGACACUAACAUAUUGAAUAAUACUAUAAUGUAAUAUUUAUUCUAAUGAAAUAUUUGGGGGAGAACAUGGGUGGAAUAUAUAUUAUAUUACACUAGUACCAGCAGCUGGAAACACUUGCACUUAAUAUACUAGUUUAUUAAUUGUUAUUGAUUCUGUAAUUUUCUGAUGGUGCCAAACUCCACACUGACUGAAAGAUAUUACAAAAAAAUAUGGUUUUCAAAAUUAACUUGUGCUAUUUCUUGAAGCUUGUAUCUCAAAAAUGGUGAAUUAAGGAGUAAAACACAGCGUUUUGUACUAUUAUUUUCUUCAAAGAAAGUGAAUCUAAACAAUAAAAAAAAAAAAUCUAAAAAUUAAAUAAAACUUUUCCCAAAAAGACCAUUAUAAGUGAAUUGCAACAGCCAUGACAAAGCACACCAUUGUUUAAUCGAAUGUAAAAAAGAACAGAAGUCAAGUGAUGAAAAUAAAAAAGUCACUUUUUUUUUACUGUAUAUAUACCUUUGUACAGAAUGUAUUUUUAUUCUAACCAUAAAUAUGUUGUACUUGUAGAUGGUAGCAAAUGCUUUAUGAAGUAAUUGGUGCCAUGUAUCAGUUCAUAGAGACAAAAUAGACUAAGUUUGUUGUCCAUCUGUGAAUAUAUAUAUAUAUAUAUA